CCAUACAUCUGAUCCAUAAAGACUGGAGUUUGGAACUACCUUGAAACUUUCGACCUUCACAAGUGUGGCAUAUUUGGAUACCCAUCAAAUGUCUACCUAUGAACGUUUUUUCUCUAAAUGUUUGGUAAAGUAUACAUACCCACAAAUCGUUCGUAGAGAUGUUACUACUGCCCUGGAAACAUAUAAGGAAUUACGCCCCAAAUUUGAAGAUUUCAUUCAGAAUGAUGGAACUUCGCGAAAACUUGUGAGUUUAGAUGGUACUAUCCCUGUCAGGUAUAUGGGUUCAACAUACAAUAUCCCGAUUGCAAUAUUUCUAUUGGAAGCUUAUCCACACAAGUCUCCUAUGGUUUAUGUGAGGCCUACAAAUACUAUGCAGAUAAAACCAAGUGACUUUGUUGAUAGUGCUGGUCUUGUUCAACUCCCUUACAUGACAGACUGGAAACACCCAGAUGCAGAUCUAAUUGGAUUAAUAUCAGUAUUGCAGAUUGUGUUUGGUGAGACGUCUCCAGUCUUUACCAAAGCUGCUCCUAUCGCAAAGCGACAAAGCUUAAAUCCUCAGUCAAAUCCUCAUUGUCUUGGUUCAGUGCCUUAUCCAGGUACCUUACCACAACCCCCGAUCCCUGUCACACCGAAUGGCCAAGCUUCCAAUGUGUAUUUACCCCAACUUGGUUCCGGAUGGCAGAUACCCGGUUCUGUACCCAUACUUCCUACUAUGCCUAUGCCUCAAAUGCCCAGUUUUGCCAAUCCUUUUGCUCAGACUACAAAUCCAAACAUAUACCCCAUGCCGGGUCAAGGUAUGCCAAUGCCAGUGUGCUCAGAUCUUUCUGCUUCAUCUAAUGUGCCAUAUAAUACUGGCACAUUAAACGAAGAACAAUUACGAUUAUCUGUAUUAACUGCUGUAGUUGAUCAAGUUCGUCGAGUACAAAAAGAAUUAAUCUAUCAACAUCAAGAUGACUUACAAGCAAUACGUCAAACUCAAACUGGUUUAUUUAGUGGUGGCCAGAAAAUUCACGAGAUGAUUAAUAAAAUGCAACAAGAAAAAGAUCGAGUUUGUACAGAAAUGGAAUCAGUUAAGAGAAAAAUUAAAGAUUUAGAAGAGACUUCAGAGAAACUGCGUAAAUCGGAUUCAACUUUUGUAAUUGAUGAAGUAUUCGAUACAACGGCUCCAUUGUAUCGUCAAUUAGUUGUUUCAUUUGCGGAAGAACAAGCUAUAGAAGAUGCAAUUUAUUAUUUAGGUGAAGCAAUGGGUAAAAAUGUGUUGGAUGUUGAAAUUUACUUGAAAAAAGUACGUGAAUUGUCUCGUCGACAGUUUAUGCUACGAGCUACUGUGCAAAAAUGUCGUGAAAAAGCAGGUCUACCGAUUCUUUAAACACUAAAUUCAUUUUGAUAAUAUUACUUACUGAAUGUAUAACAAAUUAUCCCUGUUGUGAUUAAUGUGAUAUAUAUAUAUAUAUAUAUCGAAAUUGUUACAUCACACGGAUUCUCUUCUGCCACACAACAACGGCAGCUUACAAACAAUAACUAUAACAAACCAUGUGGAUAAACAAAUCUCAUACAAUAGAUCUUUUCAGAUUCUUUCAAAGAAAAUUUAUUUAAUCCAAUCCUCCACCACCACCUCCUCCUCCUCUCUUUCACUUCAUUUUUCGCCUACUUCCCUUGCCGUUUGCUUUUAUGUUGUGAUUGUCGUCUUCACUGUCUGUCAUCCAUGUAUAUUUCAUUUCUAAUUAAAUACACACUGGUCCACUUUUGUGUGCGUAUGUUUAUAUAUAUAUAUAUAUAUACAUAUAUACAUAUACAUGGGCGACUAUAUUCUUCUACAAAUUACUUUUAUUCUUCCAUGUAACUUCACAACAGAAUAUCUUCGUCUUCUUCUCUUUGAUUUCUGUUCCCUUUUACUUCUACUACUACUACUACCACCUUUGUCGACCUUUGUUUUGUUUUGAUUUUUUUUUGUAUUUGUCCCAUAUUUGAACAACAACGAAACAUGAACCAGGCCACUGCGACUACAAUUGCAGUAAAACUACACACACACACACACAUACACGCAUAUAUUAUGUAACUUCGGUUUGUUUGUUUGUUUGUUUUUUAUACUGACCGGAAAUGGAAAAUUGUACACUCGUAACACACAGAAAUUCAUUCAUAUUACAAAGUUUUAGAUAUUUACUUGACAAACUAAUAUGUACAUUGUUGACUUUCAGCUAAAUGAAUGAAUUUAUUAAUUAAUUAAUCAAUUAAUUAAUUAACGACAAUAUUUGUUUGUUUUCUAGUGUUGUUUAUUUGCCAAAACAAAAACAAAAAAAAAGGAAAUACAUUCUGCUUCGUACCUUUUUGCUGGAAUACUACUAACUACAUUUAUUCACAUUCACUUGUUCUCUAAACCUGGAUAGAGUUAGCUUGUGAAGUAUUCAUUUGUCUGUCUGUCUGUUUGUUUGUUUGCUUGUUUUAAGACAAUAUUAUUAAAAUAUGCUUCACAUUAAAAGUGAUCUGCCCACCUGAAAUUUCUCUAGUUUUUAUUGUUUGUCUCCAACACUGGAGAUUAACAGAUGAAGUUCUUAGUCAAUUGUUAAACACAUGUCUGUGAUCUGUGAAAACUUUGAUAGUGAACCAUUCAACCCAGGGCGAGCGCAAUACCUCUUAAAUUCUCAUUCUGAGCUGAA